AUGGCAAAGAUGAAGCAAAAGGGAAAGUCGGGUGCGGCCAAGAACUACAUCACCCGUAACCAGGCCAUCAAGAAGCUCCAGGUCACCCUUGCCGACUUCCGUCGUCUCUGCAUUCUCAAGGGUAUCUUCCCUCGUCAGCCAAAGAGUAUUCGCAAGGCCAACAAGGGCUCAUCGGCUCCUACCACCUUCUUCUUCUCCAAGGACAUCGCCUACUUGCAGCACGAGCCUGUGCUUCAGUCAUUGCGUGAGCACAAGACUUUUGCCAAGAAGCUCUCGCGUGCCAUUGGCCGAAGAGAAUGGGCUGCUGCCAAGAACCUUGACGAGAGCAAGCCCACCUACCGACUCGAUCACAUCAUCAAGGAGCGAUACCCAACCUUCCGCGACUCGCUCAAGGACAUCGACGAUGCGCUCUCUCUGCUCACACUUUUUGCCAACCUGCCCGCUACCGACAAGGUCUCCGCCGAUGUGAUUGCUACCUGCUCGCGCCUCUGUGCCGAAUGGCAGCUGUACGUGAUGAAGACCAAGGCUCUCAAGAAGGUCUUCCUCAGUAUCAAGGGUAUCUACUUCCAGGCUGAGGUCAACGGCGAGACAAUCACAUGGCUUGUCCCUUACCUCUUCACUCAGCACAUCCCAUCCGACAUCGACUUCCGCAUCAUGUACACCUUCCUCGAACUCUACCAAACCCUGCUUGGCUUUGUUCUCUUCAAGCUCUACUCGGAUGAGAACCUCGUCUACCCGCCCAAGUUCGACGCUGCCAAGGACGAGCAGGCUGCUGGCUUUGGUGCGCUCAGUUUGGAUCCUGCCAGUGCUGCUGUCUUGCGUGGUGAGAACGUCACACCGGCCAUCACCAACGGUAAAGCAUCUUCGUCUUCUUCCAACACUGUCGUCACUGCAUCGGGCAAGAAGGUCUCGGCCAAGGACGUCAAGAAGCAGAUCAAGGCCAUCUCCAAGUCUGGCAACCUUGUUGGUGAUGCCGAGGACGAGCAGGAUGAGGACAUACAAGACGUCAGCAACACAGGAGAGGAGGAGCAGUUUGUCGAGCAGCCAUCCAAGUCGACAGAGGAGCAAGAGUCGACAGCACACUUGACAACAUUCGACGAGAUUCAGGCAGCUUCUGCAGCAAGCGAAGGUGCUGCCAAUGGACUCUUCGAACCAUACGUCUUUUACAUCUCCCGAGAAUGCCCACGAGCGGUGAUCGAGUUUGUUUUACGAUCGUUCGGUGCGCUUCCCGGACGUAUUGGAUGGGACAUGGUAGCAGGUGCAGGUAGUGCAGUGGACGAGAACGAUGCAAGGAUCACACAUCACAUCAUCGACAGGCCAGUACCAGCAAGCGGCAUGAAACGAUACCCUGGCAAGCGCGUGUUCGUUCAGCCUCAGUACAUCGUCGACUGCGCCAACGCAAGGAAGUUGUUGCCUGCUGGUCCUUACGGUCCCGGUCAGACACUACCACCACACUUGAGUCCCUUCGUCGAUGAUGCCGAGGUGGCUCGUCGUGGCGGUUACGUACCCGAAGAGGCAAGAGAGCAGCUUGGUCUCGAGGCCGAUGCCGACGCUGUUGCCUCUGAGGAUGACGACGAGUCGGACGAAGAUGUCGGGAUUGACUCUGAUGAGGAUGCAGACGAGCAGCAGGAGGAGAGCAGUGAGGAGAAGACAAUGACCACCAAGUCGAACGCAACAUCACGCCCAGCACUUGCAGCUCUUUUGGCCGACCCCACCGACAAGGCCGAAGUUGGUCUUCUAGAUGCUGCCGAGCUCGAAGCCGAAGCUGCUGGUGGCGAAGACGCACUCGAAGACAUGCGUCGCAAGCACACUGCGGCACUCAAGCAGGUCAAGAAGACUUCCAAGGCUUCGUCUGGCGGCGUCUCUGCACCUCGCAAGACCGAAGAGCAAGAGGCUAAGGAGAUGUCCAAGAUGAUGAUGAGCAACCGUCAGCGAAAGCUGUACGAGAAGCUCAACUACACUUCAGGCAAGCGAGCCGAAGAGACGGCCAAGUUGCAGCAGAAGAAGAAGGCGCUCAACAAGAAGGCUACCAAGGGUAGGCAGUAA